AUGGAUGAUAUAAACAAUGAUAAUAUGAAUAAUGAUGAUAUGAACAAUAAUGUUACUAGUCUUGCUGAUAUUUCAAAUGAUUCCAUUUUUGUUUCAGAAGCAGAUUCUAUACAAACAGAGACAACGCAAUCAUCAUAUAGUGAGAGGCGACCCCAAGAGGAUAUUUGGACUGAAUUUGAUGCUAUUUUCUAUAGAAGAGGAAAACAUAAAGAAGCACGAUUCAAGGUGCUUCAGGACAUUCAAAAUGAGGAUGUGUCAAUACAAUCUGGAACAUCUACCUCAAAAAAAAAAAGAAAAUCAGGCUAUUCUAUGUUAACUAUAGAUGCAUACUAUGAUACAAAAGAAGCUAUUGAUAAAACUAAAGAAAGAACUACAUUAGCAACAACAAUCUUGGAUGUAGAAGCAGCAAACAUAAUACUAAAAAUAGAAAAAGAACUAUUGAAAUCUAAAAAUCUGAUAUUGUGUAUAGACAGUUGGUGCAGUCCAUUAAAACGUAGCAUAUAUGCCUUUAUGAUAAUGACAGAUGAGAAGAAACAAUAUAUUUAUUCUUUACGUGAUUUUUCAAUGUCCUCUCAUACGGCAAAUUUUAAUGCUGAAAAAAUAAUAGAAGUAAUAGAAAAUGUUGGAUCUGAAAAAUUUGUUGCAGUGGUGUCUGAUGCAGAAUCGGCAAUGACAGCGGCAAAACAUCUGAUUGCAACAAAAUAUUUGUAUAUUUUACCUGUUAGAUUCAUAAAGUUUUUUAGAAAUUCUUAUAUUUCUGGUGCUGCCCUUAAUCAAGAAAUUAUAUCUACUUUCACUAUUGGUAGAAAUUUAAAAAUGAAACAAGAUCCUCAAGUUUUUAAUCGGGCGAAUACUGUAAAAGAGUUAAUUAGUAAUCGGCAAUUUUGGAUUGAUGUGGAACAAUUGCAGGAUAUUCUUUGCCCAAAUCAUAUUCUUAAAAAAGCUUUACAAAUAUGGAAGAAAUUAGGUGGUGGUCGAACAAGUGCAGAUCUUCUAAAAACUCAAAUGAAUUUGUAUAAAAAUCACAAGCCUCUCUUUGAGGAUAAAUUUAUUGCAUCCGCUAAUACAAUUACUAAUUGGUGGAUGUCUAUAGAAAUGACAAGAUAUGAAGAUCAUAUUAAAUGUCUUGCUUUAAAAUUACAUUCUAUUUCACUCCAUAAUGCUGUCU